CCCAGCCAGGCAGUCACUGCACCUUCCUGCCACCCCGGGGGGCAGUGUCUGGGCCCUCAGCUCCCCCUCCCUCCACCUGUCUGCACACACCACCACCGGCCCCACUGCCACUGGAGCCAGGGAUACCCAGCCCAGGCGGAGGAAACAUCGAGCCUAGAGACAUGGGAGUUCGAGGAGCUUUCCACCUUCUGCUCGUGUGCCUGAGCCCAGCACUGCUCUCCGCUGUGCGGAUCAACGGGGAUGGCCAGGAGGUCCUGUACCUGGCGGAAGGUGAUAAUGUGAGACUGGGCUGCCCCUACAUCCUGGACCCUGAGGACUACGGUCCUAAUGGGCUGGACAUUGAGUGGAUGCAGGUCAACUCGGACCCCUCACAUCGGGAGAAUGUGUUUCUCAGUUACCAGGACAAGAGGAUCAACCAUGGCAACCUCCCCCAUCUGCAGCAGAGGGUCCGCUUUGCAGCCUCAGACCCCAGUCAGUAUGACGCCUCCAUCACCCUCACGAACCUGCAGGUAUCCGACACUGCCACCUAUGAGUGCCGGGUGAAGAAGACCACCAUGGCCACCCGGAGGGUCACUGUCACCGUCCAAGCACGGCCAGCAGUGCCCUUGUGCUGGUCUGAGGGUCACAUGACACCCGGCAACGAUGUGGUGCUGAAGUGCUUUGCCAAUGGGGGCAGCCCGCCUCUCUCCUACAGGUGGGCCAAGAUCAGCGGGCACACACACCCCUACCGGGCUGGGUCCUACCACUCCCAGCACAGUUUCCACUCUGAGCUCUCCUACCAGGAGUCCUUCCACAGCUCCAUAAAUCAAGUUUCAGGCUUGAAUAACGGCGACCUGGUGUUGAAGGACAUCUCCCAAGAGGAUAAUGGGCUGUAUCAGUGCACCGUGGCCAACCACGUGGGCUACAGCGUGUGUGUGGUGGAAGUGAAGGUCUCAGACACCCGGCGCAUCGGAAUCAUUAUCGGCGCAGUGCUGGGCUCUUUGCUCAUACUAGCCUGCCUCCUGGUGGGCAUCGCGGGGCUCAUCUGCUGCUGCUGCGGGGGCUCCGGGGCUGGCGGCUCCGGCGGUGCCUUUGGCAACGGCAUCGGCCUCGGGGUCCGCGGCGGGGCCUGCGGCGACUUGGCUAGUGAGAUCAGAGAGGACGCCGCAGCGCCCGGGUGGAAGGCCAGCGGGCGCGGCAGCCGCCCUGUGGCGCCUCCCCUCCUGGCCAUGACUCACCCGAAAGUGCUCAGCCCCAUGACUCCCCGAACGCUGGGAUUCAGCUCUCAGCCCCAGCGCCGGCCCCUGCCCCCUCGGGCCUCAGCCAGGCUGUCCUCCUUGCUGUAA